CCUGGCGCGGCUCCUGUACGGGAUGUGUGGACUGCCGUGUCACGUGGGAGAGGCGGCCAGCUCGGUAUUCAGGUCGUAUGGAGUUGGCGGCUGCCGUGGGACAGUGGGAGCCAUCAGAGGAGACGGAGGGUGGUGUUUCCCGCGGAAGUCCCGGGGACAGCGGUCACGUCUCCCAGAGUCAAAGCAUUUGCAGCGGCGCCUCCGUGGGGCUUCUGUACGAUGAGGAAUUGGGCGCAACAAAAUCACGUGACGGCGUAUUGAGGUCUACAGCAGCUCAGCUGUCCACCUACCUCCUCCCCGCACAGCAGAGCUCUGAGAUUGAGAAUUUGGAUAAGAGUUUGGAAGACUUACUUGUACGGGUUGAUGAGUUUGUUGGAAUGCUGGAUAUGAUCAGAAAUGAUACUUCUCAAGUAGUUAAUGAAAAAGUGCCUCAGAUUUACAUGAAAGCUGCAGAAAUGAGAAAACUGUACCAGAAAAUUGACUUGCUUGAGGCCUUUGUGAAGAGGGUUGGAAGCAAUGUUGCACAGAUGGAGGAGCAGGUUACACAGGCUGAAACCAGUCUUGGGACAUUUCCCAAUCCACUUAAGAAAAUCUUCCAGAACAUCAGUUCUUCACCUCUCUUUUCUCCUUCCAAAGCAGCAUCUUCUCAGAGAACUCAACCAGCAAGAUACGAGCCUCCUACAGUGUUCAGAACUGAAGACUACUUCCCAAGCUGCAGCAGCUGAGCAGAAGACUGGAACUGUACUAGCGCAUUUUCAGGGCACUGCCACAGACAAUACAGCAUUGCACUUUUUACAACACAGACUGAUCACUGUUAUACACUAUAGUCUUCCAGAUAGAUGUUCUUGAAAAAGAAUGAAUUUUGUAUAUAGUGUAAUAUCAAUCAGAGUCUUCCAAUAAAAAUCAGUAUUAGUAUUGGUAUUGGUUA